AUGGAGCCCGAUAAACUGAAAGAGAAGCUGCACGUCGAUAAGGAGAAGCUCAAGCAGCAAUUUGAUGUCUCCCAUUUCGGCCUCAACUCCGUCUUGAGGGGUGCCCAGUUGACCUUCGUUGGAGCCCACCGAGCGCUUCAGAAUCCCGGUAUAUUUACCUCCGAUCACUAUAAACAGGCUGCUGCUGCUGUCGUUGCCGGCCUGGCCAUCCGCCUCAUCGUUUCCAUUCCCGUGACCUGGGACAAUCAGAUCGUGGAAGGGCUGAACUUUCUCGAAGAAUACGUUCUCCAAGUUCCGUUCUUCCUCAUGACCCUCAUGCGCUACAAACACAAGCACGAGAACCCCGAAAACCUACGCGACAUGUAUUACCCAAACCUCAAGGGCUACAAGGUCAAGGACGGCAGCACCCACACCACGAGCACGGCCGAAGCGUUAUCGAUGUUCUUCAUGCGAUUCGCUCGCAAAGCCGGCAUCUCUCUGGCCAUCUUCGCCUUAUCAUAUGUGCCUUAUGUUGGUCGCUUUGUCCUUCCAGCCGCCAGUUUCUACACGUUCAACAAGGCAGUCGGCAUGGGGCCGGCAGCCAUCAUCUUCGGGACCGGCAUCUUCCUACCGAGACGCUAUCUCGUGAUUUUCCUGCAGAGCUACUUUUCGUCGCGAACCCUGAUGCGCGAGCUGCUUGAGCCGUACUUCUCACGAGUGCACUUCACCAAGGAUCAGAAACGCAAGUGGUUUCACGACCGCGAGGGCUUGCUCUUCGGGUUUGCGUUGGGGUUUUAUACGCUCAUCAGGAUACCCCUUGUCGGAGUUCUCGUCUACGGCAUUGCGGAGGCCUCGGCGGCCUACCUCGUCACCAAGGUCAACCGACCCUCCCCCGCCGUACAGCGAGUCUGCUGGCUUUGCAGCCAGUCAGCAGACUUGGACGAAUAA